ACGGCGCAUUGUGGAGCUGGGGUACCUCGCAAAACAAUUUUUUGCCACUUAUGCAAAACCCCCCUUCAUUUAAAAGACACUAUGCGUGAGAGAAGAUAUGGCCUAGGCUCCGUACUUCACGUACAGUGCACCAACUGCAGCGCCGUAUGCCCCGUCGAGACAGGGAAGAGGGGACCUACUGGAGCCUUCGACAUAAACACCAAAGCUGCUCUCGGAAUGAUUCAUGUAGGCAUGGGCCCAACACAUCUUGUGAAUUUUCUGGGGCAAUGCAACAUUCCUCCACCCUCAGAACCAUCCAUAAGAAAGCAUGCAGCAAAAGUAGGAAAGGCAAUCACAGAUGUGGCUUUGGCAUCAUGCAGAGCAGCUGAGAUUGAGGAAAAGCAAACAUCAGAUACACUGCAAGCAAGUUUUGAUGGUGGAUGGCAAAAGCGUGGGACAGGGUGGAAUUACAAUAGCAUUUCUGGCCAUGCUAGUAUGAUAGGAAAGAACACUGGAAAAAUUCUUGCAUAUGAGGUGCGAAGCAAAUGCUGCAGGGUUUGUGAUUUGCACGCAGAGCAGAAUCACACUGUUCCCAGUCAUAAUUGCCCACAAAAUUGGUCUGGAAGUAGCAAGGCGAUGGAAGCUGACAUGGCAAUGUCAAUGGCACAUCAACUUGCAGAUAAUGACUUUAUGCUUCAGAAGACAACCCUGAAGUGGAAGGCACGAGUGACAGAUGAAAGGGGUGAUCGGGGAAUGAUGGCCCUGAGAACUGUCCAAAAGGAACGUAAUAGCCCCCGCUGGGUUUUCCAGAGGCCAGAUAGACGACAGUAG